CUGGGGCAGCGAUCUCCACUCCCUCCUGCCUCGCGGCCCUCCGCCGACCGCCGGGCGCCCGCGGAGAGUCCUGGACCUCUUCUGGGCCCUGGAAGCCCCGUCCCGCCGGAGACUACGCGCUCUCCGGGUGUCCAUCCCGCCGCCUGGGCUGCCCCGCGCCCCUCGCCUUGGCAAAACCAGCUCCCCGGACCGAGUCCUGCCUUGGAGAGUGCGGGUGCGCAAGGUCAGCCGAGCUGUCGGUCCUGGGGUUUCGGGGUGCGCCACUGUAUGGCGGCGUAAGCCGAGAAGUGCCCGAGGCCGGGCUCCAGCAAUUGAGAGGCUGAUUUGGCCACGGUGAAGGACGCUCCUGGAGGAAGGAAACGGGAAUCAGAAACGGGCCGCGCCUCUCCCGAGGAUGGCGUCGAGGGCUUCAGCGCCUCAGGGUGGGCGGGAGGGGAAGGCAGUGUGACCCGCGUGGCCGACGGAAAGGAGCAGCGGGAGCCGUCGCCUUACUGAAGCUACGGGAAGACAGCCGGCCUCACUGCGAUGCGCAACCCUCACCCUGAAGCCCUCGGCUCAGGCGCCGAAGGAAAGGCUCCUUCGGGCAGGACUCAGCUUUCAGCUUAGGUUUUUUUCCUUUGGCAAAGUCAAUUGCGGUGCCGAGUUGUAUUUUCCUUUCACAGAGGUGUGUCCAAGAACCAUUCUUGGGAGACGCCUGCCGGCCGCUUUGGGAUAGGGCCUGUCUGCCCAUACUGGCUUCCAAACGCCUCUGUGUGUUCCUGUAUGUGGGUGUGCACAGACCACAGGAUGUCCACACUGGCUUCCAAAUGCGUCUCUGUGUUCCUGUCUGUGGGUGUGUAUGCACGUGUCACGUGUACACACAGAUCACAGGGCGUCCACACUGGCUUCCAAAAGUGUCUCCGUGUGCCUGUCUGUGGGUGUGCACGCACGUGUCACAUGUGUACGCACAGAUCACAGGGUGUCCACCCUGGCUUCCAAAUGUGUCUCUGUGUUCCUGUCUGUGGGUGUGUACACAUGUGUCACGUGUAUGCAUAGAUCACAGGCGUCCACACUGGCUUCCAAAUGUGUCUGUGUUCCUGUCUGUGGGUGUGCACGCACGUGUCACAUGUGUAUGCACAGAUCACAGGGCAUCCACACUGGCUUCCAAGUGUGUCUCUGCGUUCCUGUCUGUGGGUGUGCAUGCACGUGUCACGUGUGUACACACAGAUUACAGGGCAUCCACACUAGCUUCCAAAUGUAUCUCCGUGUUCUUGUCAGUGGGUGUGUAUGCAUGUCUCACGUGUGUGGGCACAGAUCACAGGGCGUCCGCACUGCCUUCCAAAAGUGUCUCCGUGUUCCUGUCUGUGGGUGUGCAUGCAUGUGUCACACGUGUACGGGCAUUCACAGUGGCUUCCAAAUGUGUCUCUCUUCCUGUCCAUGGGUGUGCAUAUAUGUGUCAUAUGUGUACGCACAGAUCACAGGGUGUCCACGCUGGCUUCCAAAUGUGUUUCCAUAUUCCUGUCUGUAGGUGUGCACACAUGUCACGUGUACACACAGAUCAUGGGGUGUCCACACUGGCUUCCAAACAUGUCUCUGUGUUCCUGUCUUAGGUGUGUAUGCCCGUGUCACAUGUACACACAGAUUACAUGGCGUCCACACUGGCUUCCAAAUGCAUCUAUGUGUUCUUAUCAGUGGUUUUGCAUGCAUGUGUCAUGUGUACACACAGAUCACAGGGCAUCCACACUGCCUUCCAAAUGUGUCUCUGUGUUCCUGUGUAUGGAUGUGCAUUCACGUGUCACGUGUGCACACAGAUCACAGGGCACCCACACUGCCUUCCAAAUGGGUCUCCAUGUUCUUGUCAGUGGGUGUGCACGCACGUGUCACGUGUGUAUGCACAGAUUACAGGGCGUCCACACUGGCUUCCAAAUGCGUCUCCAUGUUUUUGUUAGUGAAUGUGUACACAUGUCACAUAGGUACACACAGAUCACGGGACAUCCACACUGGCUUCCAAAUGUGUCUGUGUGCCUGUCUGUGGGCGUGCAUGCACAUGUCAUGUGUAUGCACAGAUCACGGGGCAUCCUCACUGGCUUCCAAACGUGUCUCUGUGUUCCUCUAUGUGGGUGUGUAUGCACGUGUCUCAUGUGUACACACAGAUGACAAGGCAUCCACAAUGACUUCCAAAUGCAUCUCUGCGUUUCUGUCUGUAGGUGUGUAUGCCCGUGUCACAUGUGUACACACAGCUCACAGGGCACACACACUGUCUUCCAAAUGGGUCUCUGUGUUCUUGUCAGUGGGUGUGCAUGCAUGUGUCACGUGUGUGCACACAGAUUACAGGGCGUCCACACUGGCUUCCAAACACCUCUGUGUUCUUGUCAGUGGGUGUGUAUGCAUCUGUCACAUGUGUAUGCACAGAUCAUGGGUUGUCCACGCUGGCUUCCAAAUGUGUUUCUGUGUUCCUGUCUGUGGGUGUGCACACAUGUGUCACGUGUAUGCACAGAUCACAGGGUGUCCACAUUGGCUUCCAAAUGUGUCUCUGUGUUCCUGUAUGUGGGUGUGUAUGCACAUGUCUUAUGUGUACACACAGAUGACAGGUCAUCCACAGUGACUGCCAAAUGCAUCUCUGCGUUUCUGUCUGUGGGUGUGUAUGCCAUGUCACAUGUGUACACACAGAUCACAGGGCAUCCACACUGGCUUUCAAAUGUGUCUCUCUGUUCUUGUCAGUGGGUGUGGAUGCACGUGUCACAUGUGUACACACAGAUCACAGGGCACCUGCACUGGCUUCCAAAUGCAUCUCUGUGUUCUUGUCAGUGGGUGUGCACGCACGUGUCACGUGCAUACACACAGAUUACAGGGCAUCCACACUGGCUUCCAAACACAUCUCUGUGUUCUUGUCAGUGGGUGUGUAUGCCUGUGUCAUGUAUAUGCACAGAUCACAGGGCAUCCACAUUGGCUUCCAAAUGUGUCUCUGUGUUCCUGUAUGUGGGUGUGUGUGCAUGUGUCACAUGUGUAUGCACAGAUCACAGGGAUUCCACACUGGCUUCCAAACACAUCUCUGUGUUUCUGUCUGUGGGUGUGUAUGCAGGUAUCAAAUGUGUACGCGCAGAUCACAGGGCGUCCACACUGGCUUCCAAACACUUCUCUGUGUUCCUGUAUGUGCAUGUGUAUGCACGUGUCACAUGUACACACAGAUCACAGGGCAUCCACACUGGCUUCCAAACACGUCUCUGUGUUUCCGUCUGUGGGUAUGUACACAUGUAUCGCAUGUGGAAGAGGUAGGAAGAGGCUAGAAGAGGUAAGGGUCGUGAAGGUGCAGUGCACUGUUGUACUGUUUGCGCUUUGUGUGUGUUUGGUUAGUUUUGCAAGAAUAUGUUGGUAAAGGAGAGAGAACCCCAAACAACUGAUGAGCAGUGCUACUGAAACUCAAAUAUACACAGGAAUGACAAGGAAAUAUCUAUGAAAAAAAAAAGCAGAUUCUGGAACUCCAACCCCCUGAGAUUGUCACUUAUGGGGUCUGCAGGAAGUUUCAGGAAUCCGCAUUUUCUUCUAAUAAACGUGAUCUACAGGUUAUAAUUUGAGAUACAAAUAGAAUAUAUACAGAAAAAAUUUGAAGUUUCCUGCCUAGCCCAAUUCUUCUCACUGGUAGUGUCUGUUAAAUUGGAAAGAUAUCUCUUUCCAGACAUAUUAAUACCUUUUAUACAGUUGACUUGAACAACAUUAGUUUGAACUGCUUGGGUACACUUAUAUGUGGAUUUUUUUCAGUAAAUGGAAAAUUUUUGGCAAAGGCAACAAUUUUGUGAAAAACCUCACAGAUGAAUCUCUUAGCCAAGAAAUAUGGGAAAAAAAGAAAAGAAAAAGCUAGAUAUGUCAUGAAUGCAUAAAAUAUGUGUAGAUACAAGGCUAUUUUAUUAUUUACUACCAUAAAAUAUAUACAAGCCUGUUAUAAAAAGUUAAAAUUUAUCAAAACUUGCACAUACAAACAGACAGUUACAUGGUACCCAUUAGGUUCAAGAGAAGUGUAAACAGUUGUAAAGAUGCAAUAUUAAAUCAUAACUGCAUCAAAUUCACUGUAGUACAUAGUGUACUACUGUAAUGAUUUUGUAGCCACUUCCUGUUGCUAUUGCAGUGAGCAUCAGUGUUGCUGGUAUUGGGUAAAAAUUUCAAGUAGCAUAA